UAUGACUUGUGUCAAAAAAGCUUCUUGACCAAUCGACCUGAAUAUGACUCCACAUCACAUAAUUUAACACGUUCAUUAUUUAUUUACGGUGUUAUUACACAUUGAUUACACUCACUCGUAAUUCAUAUGUUACAUCGAUUCACCAAUACGUAUGCUAUGAGUCAUAGAUUUUUGUCACUGAUGAUCUACAUUUGCAUAAAGUUCGUUUGGACUCCGCCCAAUUCUCAGGGACUGAUGACAGACGUUCACUCAACUUCUCUUCUUCUGAGGUAAAUAUAAGCUGUCCAAAUGGAGUUCCAUAGAAUGGUAACCUUUUCAUUUGGUACUGUGCUACAAAUAGAACAGGGGGCAGGCAGUGUUGGUCACACUUCCUGAAAAUGCCUACAAAUGGGUUGAUUUGGUUGGAUGAAAGGUCAGAAAGGGAAUUGACUGCUUUAAAUCUUUGUACAUGUAACUAACCUAUCAUGGGAAGUUCUACUGGUCUCUGAACGUCUACCCCAGGAAAUGUAGCCUUAUCUGUCUUGUCAAUGAAGAUGAACAAAUACCACUAUUAGGAGCCUGUUUGCACAGCCUUUUCCCCUCCUAUUUUCUAAUCUCCCACAGAAAUCAAUACACAAACAUGAUGGAUUACAACUCUUCUUGUCAUGGUGACAAGUUCCAAGUGCAGUUAUUGCCUUCAAUGUACGGUGUUGAGUUCUGCGUGGCGUUGGUUGGUAACCUGUUUGCCCUGAGACUCUUGGCGACCAGGGAGAGGAACAACUGGCACACUGGUGUGGUGCUGUCCUGUAACCUGGCCAUCAGUGACCUGCUCUAUGUCCUCACCCUGCCCCUGCUCAUAGUCUACUACAUGCAGGACAAGAACUGGCUGUUUGGGGUGGCGGUCUGUAAGAUAGAACGCUUCCUCUUCACCUGCAACCUGUAUGUCAGUAUCUACUUCAUCAUGUGUAUCAGUGUGAACCGCUAUGUGGCCAUUGUGUACCCCUUCUUCAGCCGGAACCAUGUGAGCCCAGACAAAGCCAAGGCUGCUAGUGUCGCCAUCUGGAUCUUUGUGACAGCCAUCUCCUCUCCUGUGCUGAAGUUUGCCUCCACAUGUCCAGAGGGAAUCAACAAAACCCGUUGUGUAUCCUACUCCUAUUGCACCAACAGUGAUGCAGUUGCAUACACUCACUUGUUUUACAAAGUAUUUCUGUCUGUGGCUGGGUGUUUUAUUCCCUUCCUGGUCACAUUUGCAUCAUACUGCGCAGUGUUGAGGGCGGUGUGGAGGAAUGUGAAUAUAACCUCCCUGGAGAAACGGAAGGUGGCCCUGAUGGUGUUUGCAGUGGUUGUGCUGUAUGCCAUUUCCUUCGUGCCUUAUCACCUCCUCCAGAGCUACUAUUUCUACCAGAAGGUUGACGAACUUGGCUCUGUCUGCGACUGGGUGUACAAGGCCUACCAGGUGACAAAGGGACUGGCUACACUGAACAUGUGCAUCCAUCCACUGCUCUACAUGGCUGUGUUUGAUAACAUCCGAGUCGCCUGCUGUGGAAGGAGCUCAGCAGAUAUGGCAAUGAAUAAUACAUGAACAAAAUGAUGCUCUCGCUGCUCUUUGGAUGCUUGCACUUUUGGUGUUUCUGAUAAGCAAGUUUUACACACAGUUGAUGACUUAUCUGUAAAUAACUGCAGCUAUAUGCACUUCCUUCCAAUGUUCUGAUGUAAGAUGUUUUUGAUGGUAAUGUUUAUUUUCAUGAUGUCUAAACUAUACCCUCUUCCAUAUUCAUUAUUACAGUAUCAGAUAAUAGAAAUUGAACAUAUUCAAAAUAACUAUUUGAAAUGUAGCUACAUUACAACAUAAUAACUUACAGUUUUCAUAUGAUGAGAAAUAUAUUAACACCAAAAGCACUGGAUAAAAAGUUAUUAUAACAACCAUUUCUGCCCUAGGAGACAGUGGAUGGAAACGCGUGCUAGUGUGAAAUGGAAAAGAGUCGCUGUAGCUAUUGAUAAUGAACAUCAAGACGAUGCAGCUGCUUUAGAAGUGGGAUGCACUGUUGAGCGUUACGUCCCGAGGGGUUCGUGCUGAUUGUAUGGAGAUUGUGACAGCCGUCUCUUGAGAGGGCAAGAACAAGAUGAAUGUGAGAAGUGCAGUAUUAUCAUAAGGUGAUGUAUACUUGGGGGAAUGGAGGGAAAACGUGAGGCAGAUGAGGUCUAAAGAGAGGGAGAAAUAGGGUGAGCUUAAGUUGAUUAAAAAUGGCGGGGAAAAGGGAGAUGGUUUGUUCAAGAGGAAUGGUAGAAAGUGUAAGCAGAGUGAGUUGUAUGCAGGGUUGAAGACAGGAGGGGAAAGUGUUGAUAAAGGGAUAUGUAUAGAGGGGUGAGCCGGUCAAGGAUCGAUUCAGACAAGGUGGUAAAAUUGUACGACAAGCGACAGUUUAUUCAGAGUAAAGAUAUCUGGUACAGCGUAAUUACGGCCCUUCCGUUAGCCCAUUAGACCAGCAGGAAAAGAGAGCGAGUUAACCGCUACACACACAAUUUAUACAGAACAGAAAGUAGGUUGAUUCUAGAAUAUCGGGUCUUCGGAUUGGUUCAGGCUGGAGGUAGUCUUCUUGCAUUGGCUCAGCUGGGCCGUCCGUCACUCUAGAAUCCCGCCGUCACACAAUGUUCAGCUAAAGGGGGAAAUUUGGUGUGUACGCUGUGUGAAAGCUAUCCUGUAUGGGACCUAACAUGUUUUACUGUGAAAAUACGUUGCUAUGUGUUGUCUCAGUUAUAACAAUGCAAUAGCAGUAAGCUGGUCACCUGCAUAAGAUGGUCACCUGCAUAAGAAUUAACAUUUCUUUACAAAUGGGAAGUGAAACAGGGCGAAGUAUCGGAGGCGCAAUGGCGACCUGUCAUUCGGGCAGGAAGCUCCACCU